GGGUAUCAAUGAGAACAAGCCUGUUGGAUAAUCUGGAUGCCGCAUUUUUCUUGUAAGGAACCCAUGCUCAACAAAAUGAAGUUCAGAUGGCAGCAUUUCUUGCUAUCAUGUCUUGCAUUUGCGUAUGCAUGUAAGUGGGCAGAUGCAAAAUAUGUUCGUUACAAAGAUCCAUCACAGCCCAUCGAAGCUCGAGUUGAGGAUUUGCUGGUUCGAAUGACACUGGAGGAGAAGAUUGGACAGAUGACCCAAAUUGAAAGAUCGGUGGCUUCUGCAGAUGUUAUGAAAUAUUACAAAAUUGGGAGCGUACUUAGUGGCGGGGGAAGCGAGCCUGAACCUCAAGCAACUCCAGAGCAGUGGUUUGAAAUGGUAAACGAGUUUCAGAAAGGUGCCAUGUCGACUCGCCUUCAGAUCCCAUCAAUAUACGGCAUAGAUGCUGUGCAUGGCCAUAACAAUGUUUAUGGGGCUACAAUUUUCCCUCACAAUGUUGGCCUUGGAGCAACCAGAGAUCCUGAGCUGGUGAGAAGAAUUGGUGCUGCCACAGCUUUGGAAGUUCGAGCUACAGGAAUUUCUUAUGCAUUCUCUCCAUGUGUUGCUGUUUGCCGAGAUCCUCGAUGGGGGCGAUGCUAUGAGAGCUACAGCGAGGAUCCAGAGCUGGUGAAAUCUAUGACCGAUAUCAUCUUUGGUUUGCAGGGGCAGCCCCCUGAAAACCACCGAAAGGGAUUUCCCUUUGUAGCAGGACAGGAAAAUGUUGUAGCUUGUGCUAAACACUUUGUGGGUGAUGGAGGUACAAAUCAUGGUAUUGAUGAGAACAAUACUAUCAUCAACUACAAAGGAUUACUUGGUAUCCACAUGACUCCCUAUUUUGAUGCCAUCUACAAAGGGGUCUCCACUGUAAUGAUUUCAUACUCCAGCUGGAAUGGAAAGAAGAUGCACGCCAACCGUUUUCUUAUUUCUCAGGUUCUCAAAAAGCAACUACACUUCAAGGGCAUGGUUAUUUCAGAUUGGCAAGGUAUUGACCGAAUAACUAGCCCACCUGGUGCUAAUUAUUCUUUGUCAGUCCUUGAAGGCGUAGGUGCAGGAAUUGACAUGGUGAUGGUUCCAUACAACUUCACAGAAUUCAUUAAUUAUCUGACUUCACAUGUCAAAGGUGGUUUCAUCUCUAUGAGCAGAAUAAAUGAUGCUGUGCGAAGAAUUUUGAGAGUGAAAUUUGCCAGCGGGCUCUUUGAGAAUCCUAUGGGAGACUAUAGCCUAAUCAAACACCUCGGAAGCAAGGAACACAGGGAUUUGGCAAGAGAAGCUGUUAGGAAGUCUCUGGUGUUGUUGCAAAAUGGAAAGCCAGGCAGUCAAGACCCAUUGCUCCCUUUGGAUAAGAAUGCUCCCAAGAUUCUUGUUGCAGGCUCACAUGCUGACAAUCUGGGUUAUCAGUGUGGUGGAUGGACAGAAACAUGGCAAGGUUUAAGUGGCAAUUCAACCAUAGGAACUACAAUUCUGACAGCAAUUAAAUCGGCUGUCAAUCCCUCUACCGAGGUUGUUUUUGAACAAAAUCCGGAUGCAAACCAUGUUAAAGGACAGGGAUUCUCAUAUGCUAUUGUGGUUGUGGGCGAGCCACCUUAUGCUGAAAUGUAUGGGGAUAACACAAAUUUGACAAUUCCCUUAAAUGGGACUGACACUAUCAACAAUGUGUGUGCUUCAGUGAAAUGCUUAGUAAUAUUGAUAUCUGGAAGGCCUCUUGUCAUUGAACAAUACAUUUCAAUGAUGGAUGCCUUUGUUGCAGCAUGGCUUCCUGGUACUGAGGGUCAAGGUGUGACAGACGUGAUUUUUGGAGACUAUGGGUUUCGAGGAUAUCUUCCAAGGACAUGGUUCAAGAGUGUUGAUCAGCUGCCCCUCAAUAUAGGGGACAAGGACUAUGAUCCCCUAUUUCCAUUUGGUUUCGGAUUGACCACCGACGUAACAAAUGCAACCAAGUAAUUUAUAUUAGGCAUCCUCUGCCAAAUUGCUUCAUUCAACUGUUCAGUUCAAGUGAUUUGGAAAACAUAAGACAGGAAUUUGUACUUGGGGUUCUUUUGUCUGCAAGUGUUUCCCCUUAUAUAAAAUAAUUUUUUUUUAAUAAAAAUAAAAAUUUAUGUGUU